AAGCGAUGUAAAUAAUAAACUCCCAGCUUGACGGAGGUCUUCGCCUCGCUCCCAGCUAAACCCGAGGCUUAUAACCUAAACUGGACCUACCAUAAAGAAGAGAUUACCAUAGUUACUAUAAAUAUGAUACUUCAGCACCUAAACAGUCUGAGAAGCAAGAAUAUAAUACUUGCCAGUGCAUCACCACGUCGGAGGGAGAUACUGGAGAAAAUUGGUUUGAAGUUGACCAUCAUGCCUUCAGAGUUUGAAGAGAACCUAGACCCCAAUAGCUUCUCUGAUCCAGGUGAUUUUGUGAUUUCUACUGCACACCAUAAAGCAGAUGAGGUGGCUAAAAGGCUUGACCGCUUAGGUUCACCACCAGACCUUGUCAUUGGUGCCGAUACUUGCGUUAGCCUUAGUGGAAAAGUCUAUGGGAAGCCAAAAGAUCAUGACGAUGCUUUUCACAUGCUUAGUAAGUUAAGUGGUAAGGGUCAUGAAGUGCUGACAGGAGUAUGUUUAAUGGUACGGAAAGGAAGAACCUGGCAGGACGUUUCCUUUUCUGAAACCACUUCAGUUCAGUUUGCCGAGUUAAACGCAGAAAUUAUUAAUGCAUAUAUUGAUACUGGAGAGCCUUUUGACAAGGCUGGAGGCUACGGCAUCCAGGGGUUCGGUGGAACAUUGGUCGAAGCGAUUAAUGGUGAUUACUACAAUGUGAUGGGCUUUCCCCUCCACCGGUUUUGUCUUCACUUGGCAAAAGUUAUGGAUGAACUAGUUCCUUGACUUAUUGUAAUCUCUUAUGUCAAUAUUCAUUUAAUUUGAGCAUAUAGUAAAUGUAUUAAUUUUUUAAUAAAUACAAACUUAUUUAUGGAUUAAUGUUAAUUACUGUAUUAUGUAUUAAAUAGUAUAUAUUGUAUUAUGCUGGAAAAUGUAAUACAUUUUUAUACACCUCUACUAGUUGUUGCUUACAUCACAAUGUAAUUUUUUGGGCCUAUAUUUUUGCUUGAAAUCUUUUUAUUACAUACAAAUAUAUUAAUUCAGUGUGCUCUCUAA